GUCGCACAAGGAGGAAACGUGUAUGGACGACAUUGUAGACGUUUGUGAAGAGCAAUCAUGUAUAGAAUAUUACUAUUGUCAGUCUGUCCGGUUAGAAAUCGUGCAUUACAUGUGUACAUCCGUGAAGCAUGUUUAAGGUCGUCGAAAUGUGAUAUAGUUUCACUCCCCAUUUGCAGAGCUACGAAUGGAGGGGUCUUCAAUGCGUUUGGCACAAGCUCUGUCAUCUACUGUGAAAAGAAAGAGGGGCCACUCCCUCCCAAGGAAGAAAAUAGUGCAUUGAAGGAUGGUGAGCAGAAGGGAGCAGUAAAGAUGGUUGGAGAGAAGGUCAUAGAGCUACAUGAUUAUGUAAAAAUGGUAGCAGAACAGAGUGAGCAGAGAGUAGGGGUGAAGAUGGAGGGAGUAACAGAGAGGGUCAAAAUUGAAGAAAUUCUUACACAAACAGAAGAGGUUGAGAAAAAACUAGAAUCAAAGGUGGAGGCAGCAAAGGCGAGUGAGAAAAUGGAAGAAAUAAUCCAGAUUAAAACAGAGGUUGAGCCAAUUCUCGAGGUAAGGAUGGAGGCUGUAAAGGAGAGCAAAAUAGAGGAAAUUCCAGUUAAGAUGGAUAGUGAGAAAAUGGAAGAAAUCCAGACUAAAACCGAACUUUUUCCCAUUCCAGAAGUAAAGAUGGAGGAUGUAAAGGAGAGUGAGGAAAUGAAAGAAAUCACGUUGGCCAGUAAAACAGAGGUUAAACAAAAGCUAGGAGUAACAAUGGAGGUAGUGAAGGAGGGUGAAACAAUCGUUGAGAUCCAGGUUAAAACAGAAGGGGUUGUAGACGUAAAGAAAGAGGGAGACAAAGUUGUAGAGGAGCAGAUGUUAGAGGCCAAUAAGGAGGAACAACAGUCAGAAGCCCCCCCCAAGGAGGAAAUCCAGCCUGUGAAGAGUGGGAAGGAGAGUCUGCUGGACCUCCUGGGGGCCAUGAAGGUAGAGGUGACCAACAAAAGGAAGUUUAAGGCCUUAAAGGUGCAGAGGACCUCUCAGACUGCUGCCAGGCCCAUGCCAGCAUCUAUGGAGAGCACCACCAGUAUGUUCCAGGAGGCCACUGGCAUGGCUGAUGUGCCAGCACCUGCCCCAAGUGAGACACUGAGCCCUGAGCUGGUUGCUGCUGUCUCUGCUGCCGCAGCUACUUUACCUAACCAAAGCCAGGCUGAGUCAGAGCUGCUGAAGAAGCUGAGGCAACAUGAAGCUAUCGGAGAGGCACAGAAGAACGGGGACGUCAACAACAUUGGGGUUAUCAUUGCUGACAUGAAGGUGGGGAAGAAGCCCAACGGCAGACAGACCGCACGGCCGGCCAAUCAGAUCCGCUUUGAUGAAGAUGGGAGGGGCUACACCCAUGACAGAGGCAUCACUGCAGAGCUGGAUGGUGGAUUACGGAGGAGGAGAAGUCUAUUUUCAGGGAAAAGGCUGAACAUCUUCUCCCCGAGCACUGAACCGGAGGAAGACACAGAUAUAGCUGCUCCGACCCUAUGGGACAUGGAGUUAGCCAAUCAAGUGGCCCUGUCAACCAAUCAAAUGCCUCGUAAUGGCUUUGAGGAGAUGAUCCAGUGGACCAAAGAGGGCAGGCUGUGGCAGUAUCCAAUUAACAAUGAGGCUGGUCUUGAGGCGGAGGCCCAGAUGCCCUUCCAUGAGCACGUGUUCCUGGAGAAACACCUGGAGGAAGGCUUCCCACGCCAGGGACCUGUCAGACACUUCAUGGAGCUGGUGGUCUCGGGCCUGGCUAAAAAUCCCUACUACACAGUACAGCAGAAGAGAGAACACAUAGCCUGGUUCAGGGACUACUUUCAGCAGAAAGAGGAGGUCCUCAAGGAGGCAGAGGUUUACCUCAACUGAACUGUGAUGUCAAAAUUUAAGAGAAACACAAUCUUUGUAAGUAAUUUAUGAUCACACAAAUGCUAACAUGGGAUUUAAGGGUUGUAGACUCCUAUGGCGUGACAGCCUCGUCUCAGGGCUAGGGUGAUCAGUAUACUAAAACAAUAAUGACAGACACACCCUCCUGAAAACUGUCACUCAGAGAUUGGAUGGUAUUUUCCCAUGAGAGAACCAAUGGAGAUGGUUAACAGAGAACCUAGUAUAGCCCUUAAUCGGAUACACUAUGUAUUGCUUUGGUUGUUCAGAGACUCUUAACUAUACACACCGUGCCGUUUCUCUACCUUGACAAUUCCACUGUUGGUGUCUGAUCAAGGAGAAGUGUAUAGCAAACAUGUUGUGUGCUUCAGAUGGAUCUGUCCUCGUGCUGUGCAAUUUUAAAGAGUAACUAUUACCUACAUUUAAUUAACACAUUGAACUCGGCACUGCAAGAUUUAGCUUCAAAAUAGCUAUCGUUAUUGAGAUGUUAUUGAAAUAAACACUGUUUUCAAAG